GCUUGCCUCAACGAUCUCGACGAUUCGCCAUCUGGUGCAGCUGUCGCUUCCAACACGCUCCUCCGCGCUUCCCUCCAACACGCCUCACCACUCUCCAUCAGGCACGCCGUUAUUAUUUUGGCAGCCACCGCUGAUCAGCCUUAGCUUUCGUCUAACCGGCUCAUAGGAAGGUAUUUCAACCCCCCGUCGGCUCGCUCAGUCCAAGCGACCAUCGAUUAAUAAGCCACAUCGGGACGACACCACUGUGGAAAGAACGGCUGAGAGACAUUCCGAAACGUGUUAGGUCGUGCUAGCGUUGGGCCAUCGACUAUUCAGGCGUCUCAAAAACGCCGACGCCAUCUUUUCUUCCUCUUGGCGAGGAGCCUCCUUCCCCGCAGCGGUUCGGAUGGCGGUCGUUCACUCAAUUAGCUUCGCUGACUCCGUCGCUCCUCGUUGCAUCGACCCCGCCCGUCGUCGCUGCAUUCCCUCCGUCAAUCGCCCCCUCCGCCGCCAUGCAUCGGCCACGUCAGCAACCAGUAGACCUUUCACGACAUCCGCAAUCUUGCACCUUCAGACCACGAUAAUCAUCGCUGCCUCCGUAGCCAUACGAUCGGCCGCGUCAGGCCCAGACACGCCGAUCGCUGCAGUCCAUCCGCCGUGGGAUGCUCUGUUCAACUGCAGCCAAUUCUCGUUCCAAAAAUAUUUUAAGGGGAUUGAGAGUGCUAGAGGUAGUGGCUUUUGGGAAGCGGAGGAUCGCGCCGCGGUGAUGGCGAGAAAGUCUGUUGACUGGCGUCUCCCGCGGGCUGAGGGCGCCGGAUCGGAGAUCGAGUGGGAGUCUCGACGGGUGUUGCGGCGAACGCCGACGUGCGAGACGUCGACGAUGUCGGGUUACUCCAACAUGGUCGACCUGUCGGGUAACGGCUACAUGCUGCAUUGGACCACCACAUCAAGGGACACUCUCAAGCUGGCGGUGGAGGAGACGUCCACCACGGGGGCCGGCGGGGGCGGGUGGCUCAUGGUGGCGUGGGCGCGCAAGGGCUUCCUCUUCCCCAGCGACGCCGUCUUUGGCAACCUGUUUGGGCGGCGCACCGUGGCAGCAUUCACGAUCAGCGGGCCCGGGGCGGAGGGGGCAAGCCCGGCUGCUUUCACGCUGGGGCGAACGGCGUUCUCCGUGUCGUUCAAUAAGGCGGUCAUGAAGUUUUCACGCAAGAGGGCGGACGGGUCGGUACCAGUGGACUACUACGGCAAGAACAAGCUCCUGUGGGCGUUCACCACGGACACCAGAGCCAAUCCCACGCUGCCGCCUUUCUACAGGGGCAUCUCAGUCGUCGAUUUCUCCUGCGCUGCCGAUGGCGAUGGCACCCCUGCUCCCUCCGACGACUAUAUCUCCCCCCCUCCUCCCACCCGCACCCCCUCGCCUCCUCCCUCCUCCUCCUGCCUCGGCUCCCGCAAGCCCUCCUGCUCCGCCUCGAGCCUCCCGGGCUUCACGUCAGUGGUUGACCUGGGGAAGGGUCUCACACUCCACUGGAAGCUCCUCAGCACCACAAGCGCCUCCUUCGCCCUGCAAGCCAAGUCGGGCACGGCAGCAGCAGCAGCAGGAGGCUGGAUUUCAGUGGGGUGGUCCAAGGGGGGCUCCAUGUACCCUGCUGAUGCUGUCGUGGGGGCAGCUGGGGGCGACGCCAGGACUUACGCCAUUUCAAGCUACAGCUCGGUUGUGCUGACCACCCGGUUUGGGAUCUCUGGAGGGUCGGUGGGCUCUGGCUUCAAUGGCGUGUUGCUUAAGUUCACUCGCAGCGGGGUGGCAGGAGUGGCCCCUGUGGCGUAUCUCAGCUCUAACCGCAUCGUCUGGGCGUUCUCUGCCUCGGGGUCCUCCACUGUUGGCUCACAUGGCUCAAAUAGAGGUUCCAAGACUAUUGACCUAUCUUGCAACGCAAUGUGUGCAUAAAGAACCCCCCAUAUAAGCAAUAGCUUCUCUAUAUGACUAAUCUUCUAUGCAU